UCGUUCGACAGAACUGCGCAUAUCUGUCCUCCUCAGACUACCCCAGUCGGCAGCUUUUAAACCCAUCGCCUCGCGAUUGCGACUUUCUUUGUGUCCGUAUUACACAAGGGAUCAGAACAAAACGUUUGGCAGGCUUAGUCCUUAUCCAUCAAACCUAGUCCGUCUUUCCACUUCAGUCUUCAUCAACCGCCAAGAUGGGUAUAGGAGGAUCCAAGGUGUGGAGCUGGCUCUCCCUGCUCAUGAAGCAGAAGGAGAUGCGAAUUUUGAUGGUUGGUCUCGACGCUGCGGGCAAGACCACCAUCCUCUACAAGCUCAAGCUGGGUGAAGUCGUCACGACGAUCCCGACCAUCGGUUUCAACGUCGAGACUGUCGAGUAUCGCAACAUCCAAUUCACCGUGUGGGAUGUUGGCGGUCAGGACAAGAUUCGGCCUCUGUGGAGACAUUACUUCCAGAACACGCAGGGUAUCAUCUUUGUCGUCGACAGCAACGAUCGUGACCGUGUGCCUGAGGCACGCGAGGAGCUCCAGCGCAUGCUCAACGAGGACGAGCUGAGGGAUGCCCUUCUCUUGGUCUUCGCCAACAAGCAGGAUCUGCCGAACGCCAUGAGCGUCGCCGAGAUCACAGACAAGCUUGGCCUUCACAGCCUGCGGCAACGCACCUGGUACAUCCAAUCCACCUGCGCUACUUCUGGUGACGGUCUGUUUGAGGGUCUGGAUUGGCUGGCUACGGAAAUCAAGAAGAACAACUAAAGCGACAGCGGAACACUGGGGAUCGAAACCUCCCUUCCACCGGCCAAGCAUGGUUCGAUUGCGCCCCUAUCAGGUAUCUGUUAGGCAAUCAGUCGACUAGCCCAUGAAAAAUUUUUACGGUUGAUGCCUGCACCGUGAACGACGCGCAUGAUGAGAAGAAGUAGCAGGAGAGGCUGGCCGACGCUCGUUCUAAACUUAGGUCACUCUCGGGACGAGGAGGCACACUGGGUUGGGAUCUUGUACAAUUUGAUACAUCGUCAGGAGAGAGACAUCAGUU